AUGGUUCGCCCUCAUGUGCUUCUUGUAACUUUUCCAGCUCAAGGGCACAUCAAUCCAUUACUUACAUUUGCCAAGACCCUCGUUAGGAAUGGCAUUGAAGUCACCUUUUCAACAAGUUUAUAUGCCCAACGACGGAUGUCGAAGGCUAGUGACGACAUCACCAACGGCAUUACUUUUGCGGCGUUCUCUGACGGAUUUGAUGAUGGGUGCAAAUCCAAUGAUGAUCGCGAUCGAUACAUGAUGGAGUUUAGAAGCCGUAGUUCCAACACCAUAAGAGAAACGAUUCUUGCUAGUGCAGAGCAACGCCGCCCAGUUACGUGCCUAGUUUACAGUCUACUGCUUCCGCUAUGGUGA